AUGGGCACUUUAAUGAAAACUAGUUUAGGUCAGCUAGAAUUUACUAAAAACUGUAUUGAAAAGGUAUGUGGUAUUGUGUGCCCCGACAAAAAGCAAGCCUUUGCUAACUUCAGCCUUUCCCGAAAUACCAUUGCUAGUCGGGUGGAUGAGGUGGGCUCCGACUUACAAAUCCAGCUAAAGGAAAAGGCUAAGCACUUUGUUGCCUAUUCAUUGGCUAUAGAUGAGAGUGCAGACCGGACAGACGCUGCCCAGCUCUCUGUAUUCUGUAUUCUAGAUGCUAAGUUUUCCGUCACAGAGGAACUUUUGGAUUUAAGAGCGAUUCACGGGACAAUAUCUGGUCAGGACAUUUUCUCACAGGUGGAGCAAUGCGUCAGCAACAUGGAACUGCAGUGGAAUAAACUUGUUGCCCUGACAACUGAUGGUAUGCCUGCGAUGUGCGGGGUCCGUGAUUUAGUCGGUUUGGUACAAGAAAGGCACACAGGAGAAAACCUAACUACCUACCACUGCAUCAUUCACCAGGAAGCCCUCUGUAAAGUGCUAGGCAUGGCGCAUGUAAUGACAGUUGUUAACAAAACGGUAAACUUUAUUAGUUCGCGGGGUUUGAAUAUCCGGCAGUUCAGAUCACUUUUGGAGGAGGAAACUAUGUGCCAAGGCAACCUGUCUCACUUUCCGGUUUGUCAGUCAGUCAGUGACGCAGUCACCAUCCCGUUCCUGACGGAAGUGUAUGCCGACAAACUGAAUACACUGAAAGUGGAAUUCAGCAGGAGAUUUGCUGAUUUUGAAAGACAGAAAAUCAACUUUGACUUGAUCGUGAAUCCGUUUGCAGUUGAUGCUGACACUGCCCCUGUGCACUUGCAGUUGGAACUCAUCGAAUUGCAAUGUAAUACUCAUCUAAAAGACCAAUAUGAGUCAAUUGGGGCAGCUGACUUUGCACCUCUACUCCCUGAAUCAAUGCCACAUCUGCGCCUUAACGCUGCACGCAUCAUGUCUAUGUUCGGGAGCACCUACACGUGUGAGCAGAUGUUCUCUAUAAUGAAGUUGACCAAAACAUCCCACAGAUCCCGCCUCACAGACCAGCAUCUGGUUUCUGUAAUGAAAGUGGCUAUGGCAAAGGACAUUAGUCCUAAAAUAGAUUAGAUUGUUUUUAAGAAAAGAUGCAAGGUCUCUGGUCAGAGUUAAAAAUGCCUAAUUUCUUAUGUUUGGCAUGUACUGUAAACCCACAUUAAUUAACAUCUGUUGCCAUGUGGUAGUUAUAUAUAUCAUUUGUUGAUCAAACAGUUUUUCUGAAAUUGAAAUUGUUUCUAAAUGACUGUUUUAAGCUGGUGUUUUUAAGUUUGAGAAAUGCCUCUUUGAGUGUUGAGGACACCAGAGUGGGAAGAGCCCUAUCUAUUCCUGUGACCUGGAGAAAGGGUUUUUCAGGUUAGCAAUUUUUUAUGUGUUUUACCUGUUGUAUUUACAUGUUAUUUAUGUUUUAACAGGCUUGAUCUUUAUGUAUGUUUGUGCUUUCUCUUUCAGGACUGCAGGAGAGGUGUUUUCAAUCAGUCUUUUUCAGGGUGGACUAGCCCCCUGUUUCUUAAGACAUUGGUGCUUUGACUAUCUCUCAGCAGGAGAUUUGUAUGAAGUAAAUCUCAGUAAAGAUGAUGUGGAUGAUGCUGAACUUUUUGAACUGAUU